UAAAACCUAAUAUAAUCCUCGUAUAAACGUUAUAUUAAACUAGUAAAAACUGAGCAUAAAGUUUAAGUAAAAACAAUUUACCAACGGUUAACCCCAAAACCUCACAUGUGUUUGGUCAUGUGAUUAAAGGUCAAAUGUUUCGCGGGAAGCAACAUGGCGAACGAGAUGACAGCUACACCACCGGACUCGGUGCAAUGCCCAGUUUGUUUUAAAGACUUUACGUCUUCCACAAUUAACGGACACCUCGACGUAUGUCUGCUGAACAGCGCUACGGACAGUUGCUCGUCUACAGCAACGGAGGAGAGCGGACCUCCCGUGAAGAAAUCCCGCAUCUGUGCGGAAGCUGAACCGCGCAGCCCCGGUGUCAACAAACCCGCAGCCAGCUCCUCUUCUACGGGAAGUCCGCCGUCAACUGCGAUAUUCUCCAUGUUUCAGGCCAACAAGAGUAAAGUGUCACUUCAGAGUGAACGAAAUGUCUUAUUUUCCGGUAAACAAACUGCUGUCAACAAGGGGAUUAAACGCAGUUUGCUGAACGAGACGGAAGCAGCAGUCACAGAGCCUGUGAAGAACCAGCCGACUGUAAAAGCAACACAUGGUUUAUCCCCCCGGACGCUGCUGUCCAUAGACAAGCCUCUUGCAGAGAUGCUGAGACCAAACACACUGGAAGAAUACUUUGGUCAAAGCAAAGUUGUAGGCCAGCAAACACUCCUGCGGUCACUUCUGGACUCCCAGGAAAUACCCUCCCUCAUCCUCUGGGGACCACCGGGAUGCGGAAAGACCACUCUCGCUCACAUAAUCGCUAGUACCAGUAAAAAGAAGGGCACGGCUCGUUUUGUGACCCUGUCUGCCACCAGCACAUCUACCAAUGAAGUCCGAGAGGUGAUCAAGCAGGCACAGAAUGAGCUCCGGCUGUGCAAGAGGAAGACCAUCCUGUUCAUUGAUGAAAUUCACCGCUUCAACAAAUCCCAACAGGACACUUUCCUUCCACACGUGGAGUGCGGGACAGUUACUCUGAUUGGGGCGACCACAGAGAAUCCUUCGUUCCAGGUGAACGCCGCACUGCUGAGCAGGUGCAGGGUGCUGGUUCUGGAGAAGCUGUCCGUGGAGGCAAUGGGCUCGAUCCUGGACAGGGCCGUGGCUGCGCUGGGGAUCAGAGUACUGGAACAAGAUCAAGCAAAUCCCAAACAUCAAGACCAAACAGAUGGACACCAGCCAAAGAUUUACAUUGAACAAAAAGCUCUGGACACUAUAGCACACCUUUGUGACGGUGAUGCAAGAGCAGGACUCAAUGGUCUGCAGCUGGCUGUUCAGGCUCAGGUGAGCUUUGCCCGCCCAUUAGGACAAGAUGGUUCUUCUCAGGAAAUACUGGUGAAGGAGGAGCACAUUAAGGAGGGUCUUCAGAGGUCCCAUAUCCUCUAUGAUAGAGCUGGUGAAGAGCAUUACAACUCUAUCUCAGCGUUGCAUAAGUCUAUGAGAGGCUCCCAUGAGAAUGCCUCUCUGUACUGGCUGGGCCGCAUGCUGGAGGGCGGUGAGGACCCCCUCUAUGUGGCUCGCAGACUGGUCCGCUUUGCCAGCGAGGAUGUGGGUAUGGCAGAUCCCUCUGCUCUUCCUCAGGCUGUGUCUGCCUUCCAGGCCUGUCACUUCAUUGGGAUGCCAGAAUGUGAGGUGAUCCUGGCUCAGUGUGUGGUGUAUCUGGCACGAGCACCCAAGUCUGUGGAUAUUUACAAGGCCUACAAUAAUGUAAAGGCCUGUUUGAGGAACCACAAAGGGCCCCUGCCUCCUGUCCCUCUUCACCUUCGCAACGCUCCCACCAAGCUGAUGAAGCAACUGGGCUACUCUAAAGGCUAUAAAUACAAUCCAGCCUUCAGUGGCCCUGUAGAGCAGGAUUACUUACCCGAGGAGCUGCAGGGAAUCAACUUCUUCACCUGGACGCCCUCAGACCCAUGAGGGUCUGUUGUAAUGACUUACACAACAUGAUGUAAUAGAGUAAAACCAAAGCUGCUGAUCCAAAUUCAAACUAAUUUUACACUUUUGACGUGUUUUCAUUCAUCGUUCAUUUUCAAAAGUAAAAGAACUAACAUCACAUCCAUUUACAUUCAGUCCGUCACAGAACCUCCAGGUUAUGUUCAAAUUAAUCAACUAUUUCAGUUUAGUCCAUUGCUUUUGAUUAUGUUAUAAAGGUUAUCAGUCUAAGGAUAAGUCUUUAAUCCAUUCAAAUAAAUAUGCAAUGUCACCUCUUCCAUUGCACUUGCAUACUAGAUAUUUAAAUGCAACAUGCAUGUUGGUUCAUCUUUGUCUUGUCUUUGUAAAAAAAAGUUUCAAGCUGAGUUUAAACUGAUUAAAAUGUUUGUUUCUUUGUUAUGAA